AUGGAAAGCAACAAAAGACCCGCGUACCUGCUCCUUUCCCUUAUCUGCCUCGUUACAUUGGAUCAGGCUGCAGCUACUACAGACGCGGAUCGGAAUCGUCCUUAUAAUAAUUCAACGUCUAAUCACUUGGGCAACAUCCUGCUGGAGCUGGAAAAAAUUUCGGCCUCUUUGAGCAGUAUUGGUUACGUGAAUUCGAAAUUGAUAAGUAAUUUGCGAGAGAAUGCGAGCCGUCUGUACGAUUGGAGGUGCGUAAAGGUCGCGGACAUUGCGCAACUCGGCUAUACGUGCACAUCUGGGAUCGGAUGUCAUAAGUUCUAUUUGGCCAAUUUGACGUGGAACGGGGCGAGAAAAUCCUGCCGUAAAGACGGCGCUCGUCUAGCCAUAAUUAAUUCGGAAAACGAGGCCAAGGUACUAAAAAAUUUGCUGCUUGAAAAUUACCAGUUUAGUGCUUAUGUCGGCAUCCAUAAUCAAUUUAAAGAAGAUGAAUGGGUGACUGUAUUUGGCGAUACCCUCGCCGAAACGGGGUAUAAUCGAUGGAGCGUAGGGCCGCCGAAAAUUUCGAAAGCAAACUGCGGGGUGUUGUUUGAGGAUGGCAAAUUGCUUGGAAUUCCUUGCCAUGUCGAGCGAUCAUACUUUUGCGAAAUUUCUGAAACGGCGACAUGCUAGAGCUUAUAUUAAAGCGAUAUGUUGGAAGAGCUUGCGUAAUAAGCUGUAUAAAUCACGUGACCGUCAAAUUUUCGCGGCGAUCCCCGAGCACCGUGUCCCACCAAUUAGCGC